AGGCGAAGGCUUGGACCCCCAGCUGAGGAGUCCUGCUCAAGACACGGUCACUGGAUCUGAGAAACUUCCCAGGGGACCGCAUUCCAGAGUCAGCGACUCUGUGAAGCACCCUCACCUGCCUCUUGCCACGUUCCCACGGGGCUUGGGGGAAAGAUGGUGGGGACCAAGGCCUGGGUGUUCUCCUUCCUGGUCCUGGAAGUCACAUCUGUGUUGGGGAGACAGACGAUGCUUACCCAGUCAGUAAGAAGAGUCCAGCCUGGGAAGAGGAACCCCAGCAUCUUUGCCAAGCCUGCCGACACCCUGGAGAGCCCUGGUGAGUGGACAACAUGGUUCAACAUCGACUACCCAGGUGGGAAGGGCGACUAUGAGCGGCUGGACGCCAUUCGCUUCUACUAUGGGGACCGUGUAUGUGCCCGUCCUCUGUGGCUAGAGGCUCGGACCACUGAUUGGACGCCUGCGGGCAACACUGGCCAAGUGGUCCAUGGUAGUCCCCGUGAGGGUUUCUGGUGCCUCAACAGGGAACAGCGGCCUGGUCAGAACUGCUCUAAUUACACCGUACGCUUCCUCUGCCCACCAGGGUCCCUGCGCCGAGACACAGAGCGCAUCUGGAGCCCAUGGUCUCCCUGGAGCAAGUGCUCAGCUGCCUGUGGUCAGACUGGGGUCCAGACUCGCACACGCACCUGCUUGGCAGAGACGGUGUCGCUGUGCAGUGAGGCCACUGAAGAGGGUCAGCACUGCAUGGGCCAGGACUGUACAGCCUGUGACCUGACCUGCCCAAUGGGCCAAGUGAAUGCUGACUGUGAUGCCUGCAUGUGCCAGGACUUCAUGCUUCAUGGGGCUGUCUCCCUCCCUGGAGGUGCCCCAGCCUCAGGGGCCACUGUCUACCUGCUGACCAAGACACCUAAGCUGCUGACCCAGACAGACAGUGAUGGGAGAUUCCGAAUCCCUGGCUUGUGCCCUGAUGGCAAAAGCAUCCUGAAGAUCACAAAGGUCAAGUUUAUCCCCAUUGUACUCACAAUGCCCAAGACAAGCCUGAAGGCAGCCACCAUCAAUGCAGAGUUUGUGAGGGCAGAGAUUCCAUACAUGGUGAUGAACCCUGAGACAAAAGCACGGAGAGCUGGGCAGAGCGUGUCCUUGUGCUGUAAGGCCACAGGGAAGCCCAGUCCGGACAAGUAUUUUUGGUAUCAUAAUGACACAUUGCUGGAUCCUUCCCACUACAAGCAUGAGAGCAAGCUGGUGCUGAGGAACCUGCAGCAGGACCAGGCAGGGGAGUACUUUUGCAAGGCCCAGAGUGAUGCUGGGGCUGUGAAGUCCAAGGUUGCCCAGCUGAUUGUCAUAGCACCUGAUGAGACUCCUUGCAACCCAGUUCCUGAGAGCUAUCUUAUCCGGCUGCCCCAUGAUUGCUUUCAGAAUGCCACCAACUCCUUCUACUAUGACGUGGGACGCUGCCCUGUCAAGACUUGUGCAGGGCAGCAGGAUAAUGGGAUCAGGUGCCGUGAUGCUGUGCAGAACUGCUGUGGCAUCUCCAAAACAGAGGAGAGGGAGAUCCAGUGCAGUGGCUACACGCUACCCACCAAGGUGGCCAAGGAGUGCAGCUGCCAGCGGUGUACAGAAACUCGGAGCAUCGUGCGGGGCCGUGUCAGUGCUGCUGACAAUGGGGAGCCCAUGCGCUUUGGCUAUGUAUACAUGGGGAACAGCCGUGUAAGCAUGACUGGCUACAAGGGUACUUUCACCCUCCAUGUCCCCCAGGACACUGAGAGGCUGGUGCUCACAUUUGUGGACAGGCUGCAGAAGUUCGUCAACACCACCAAAGUGCUACCUUUCAACAAGAAGGGGAGUGCCGUGUUCCAUGAAAUCAAGAUGCUUCGUCGAAAAGAGCCCAUCACUUUGGAAGCCAUGGAGACCAACAUCAUUCCUCUGGGGGAAAUGGUUGGUGAAGACCCCAUGGCUGAACUGGAGAUUCCAUCCAAGAGUUUCUACAGGCAGAAUGGGGAGCCCUACACAGGAAAAGUGAAGGCCAGUGUGACCUUCCUGGAUCCCCGGAAUAUUUCCACAGCCACAGCUGCCCAGAGUGACCUGAACUUCAUCAAUGACCAAGGAGACACUUUCCCCCUUCGGACGUAUGGCAUGUUCUCUGUGGACUUCAGAGAUGAGGUCACCUCAGAGCCACUUAAUGCUGGCAAAGUGAAGGUCCACCUCGACUCGACCCAGGUCAAGAUGCCAGAGCACAUAUCCACAGUGAAACUCUGGUCACUCAAUCCAGACACAGGGCUGUGGGAGGAGGAAGGUGAUUUCAAAUUUGAAAAUCAAAGGAGGAACAAAAGGGAAGACAGAACCUUCCUGGUGGGCAACAUGGAGAUCCGUGAGAGAAGGCUCUUUAACCUGGAUGUUCCUGAAAGCAGGCGGUGUUUUGUUAAGGUGAGGGCCUACCGGAGUGAGAGGUUCUUGCCUAGUGAGCAGAUCCAGGGGGUUGUGAUCUCCGUGAUUAACCUGGAGCCUAGAACUGGCUUCUCGUCCAACCCUAGGGCCUGGGGCCGCUUUGACAGUGUCAUCACAGGCCCCAAUGGGGCCUGUGUGCCUGCCUUCUGUGAUGACCAGUCCCCUGAUGCCUAUUCUGCCUAUGUCUUGGCAAGCCUGGCUGGAGAGGAACUGCAAGCAGUGGAGUCUUUUCCUAAAUUCAACCCAAAUGCAAUUGGCGUCCCUCAGCCCUAUCUCAACAAGCUCAAGUACCGUCGGACGGACCAUGAGGAUCCACGGGUUAAAAAGACAGCUUUCCAGAUUAGCAUGGCCAAGCCAAGGCCCAACUCAGCUGAGGAGAGCAACGGGCCCAUCUAUGCCUUUGAGAACCUCCGGGCAUGUGAAGAGGCACCGCCCAGUGCAGCCCACUUCCGGUUCUACCAGAUUGAGGGGGAUCGAUACGACUACAAUACAGUCCCCUUCAAUGAAGAUGAUCCUAUGAGCUGGACUGAAGACUAUCUGGCAUGGUGGCCAAAGCCGAUGGAAUUCAGGGCCUGCUAUAUCAAGGUGAAGAUUGUGGGGCCACUGGAAGUGAAUGUGCGAUCCCGAAACAUGGGGGGCACUCAUCGGCGGACAGUGGGGAAGCUGUAUGGAAUCCGAGAUGUGAGGAGCACUCGGGACAGAGACCAGCCCAAUGUCUCAGCUGCCUGUCUGGAGUUCAAGUGCAGCGGGAUGCUCUAUGACCAGGACCGUGUGGACCGCACCCUGGUGAAGGUUAUUCCCCAGGGCAGCUGCCAUCGAGCCAGUGUGAACCCCAUGCUGCAUGAGUACCUGGUCAACCACUUACCACUUGCAGUCAACAACGACACCAGUGAGUACACCAUGCUGGCACCCUUGGACCCACUAGGCCACAACUAUGGCAUCUACACUGUCACUGACCAGGACCCUCGAACAGCCAAGGAGAUUGCGCUUGGCCGGUGCUUUGAUGGCACAUCCGAUGGCUCCUCCAGAAUCAUGAAGAGCAAUGUGGGAGUAGCCCUCACCUUCAACUGUGUAGAGAGGCAGGUAGGCCGCCAGAGUGCCUUCCAAUAUCUCCAAAGCACCCCAGCCCGGUCCCCUGCUGCAGGCACUGUCCAAGGAAGAGUGCCCUCAAGGAGGCAGCAGCGAGCGAGCAGGAGUGGCCAGCGCCAGCGUGGAGCGGUGGCCUCUCUGAGAUUUCCUAGAGUUGCUCAACAGCCCCUGAUCAACUAAGUUUUGUGGUACUUCACCCUCUUCUCUCCUCAUUUCAUGUGACAGCCAUUGUGAGACUGAUGCACAGACUGUCACUUGGUUAAUUUAAGCACAUCUGUUUUGGUGCAAUUUGCUUGUUUGUUUCUUCAUGCCUUUACUUACUUUGUCCCAUGAUACUGAUUGGCAUGUGGCCCCCAAAAUGGCACAAUAAAGCCCCUUUGUGAAACUGUUCUUUAAAAGAAACACAAGAAAUUGGCCACUGGUAAAACUCUGCAGCUUCAACUGUUCUUCAUUUAAUGCCAUUAAUGCAAAUAUACUUCCUCUUCUUUUUGCAUGGUUUUGCCCACCUCUGCAAUAGUGAUAAUCUGAUGCUGAAGAUCAAAUAACCAAUAAAAAACAUAUUUCUUGGCCUUGCUCCACAGGACACAAGCCAGCCUUGAUCAUAGUUCAUACAUAUAAAUGGUGGUGAAAUAAAGAAAUAAAAUGCAAUAUUUUUACU